UGCCGGAGGCGGUGCGGCUCCGCAAGCGGCGGUCGGUGCUGUACAGCUCGGCCGGGGGGGCCGCAGCGCAGCGAGGCGCCGACCAGCUUCGUCCCGGACGAGUACUGGCAGUCGCUGGAGGUGGCCCAUCGCAUGGUCUUCAAUUAUGGUUACCUGACUUGGGAAUGGACAAGUAACUUAAGGGGCUACUCAUACCCACUGAUCUUUGCAAGCAUAUACAAAGCAUUACAGCUGCUGGCUAAGGAUAAUGUUCAGCUGCUGAUCUGGGUCCCUAGGCUUGCACAGGCAGUGCUGGCUGCUUUUGCUGAUGUGAAGCUUUACUCAUUAGUGCAACACCUUGAAAAUUCAGAAACAGCAAAGUUCGUGUUCUUCUGCCAACUCUGUUCCUGGUUUACAUGGUAUUCCUGUACCAGAACUCUAACAAACACCAUGGAGACUAUUCUCACCAUUUUUGCUCUUUCCUACUAUCCGAUAAAAGGCUCCAAGAUGGGGAACAGUUGUAAGUAUUUAGCUUUGGUUGCACUUGCAAUUAUUAUUCGUCCCACUGCUGUUAUCCCGUGGAUGCCUUUGGUCUUCAGCCAUUUUUUGCAAGAACAGAGGAAAGCAGACCUUAUCCUACACAACUGCAUUCCAGUCGGAUUGGUCACAGUAGGAACCUCUUUAAUAAUUGACCGUGUGUUUUUUGGUGAGUGGGUACUGGUUCAGCUGAACUUCUUGAAAUUCAACGUGCUGCAGAAUUUGGGAACAUUUUAUGGCUCUCACCCCUGGCACUGGUACUUCACUCAGGGUCUGCCAGUUGUGCUGGGUCCCCAUCUGCCGUUCUUCGUUCACGGCUGCGCGCUGGCACCAAGGAGGUUCCGCAUCCUUCUGCUGGCACUGCUCUGGACACUGCUGGUGUACAGCACACUGAGCCAUAAGGAAUUCAGGUUCAUCUAUCCAGUACUGCCAUUCUGCAUGAUUUUUUGUGGAUAUUCUUUGAGAUACCUGAAAGCAUGGAAGAAAACUGCAGCAAGUUUCCUGCUGUUAUCCAAUUUAGUCCCAGCCCUGUACACAGGCUUGGUUCACCAGCGAGGCACUCUGGAUGUUAUGAGUCACAUCCAGCAGCUCUGCAGUCACUCCCAGCAGUCACAAGCUUUUGUCUUCAUCCUGAUGCCAUGCCACUCUACCCCAUUUUACAGUCAUGUUCACUGUCCUCUAAAAAUGAGAUUCCUUCAGUGUCCCCCAGACCUAAGUGGCAAUGCGAGCUACGUUGAUGAAGCAGAUGUGUUUUACUCUGACCCACUUGGCUGGCUGAACAAGGAGUUUCACAAUGACACAUUAUUACCCAGUCACUUGAUCCUCUUCAAUGUGCUAGAACAGGAAAUAUCAUCAUUUCUAGCUUUAAAGGGCUAUGAGAAAACAGCCACUAUCUUUCACACUCAUGUACCUCAAGGACGAGUUGGAAGCCACAUCUCCAUCUACAGGAGGAAAACUGAAAUGAAUUAUCCCUGAAGAUCAGGCUCAGGCUCAGAGCUCAGACCCAAUGAGAUCAGUUUUGCACAGCAGUAGCUGUGCUUACAGCUCGUACUGCAGAAAGGAGAAAGCACUGAGUCUGAAACCGGGGGAGUGCCAUGAGGCUGCCUGCAAACACAUCCACCUCCUCCUGAAGGCAGCUUCAGUAGCACUAGGGCAGGGUGGGGUUCCUGACCUACCUUACAACUCUAGAAAUCAUUGGGAAGACCAAAAUUACCAUAUGAAUACUUAAGCAAUAAAAUACAGACAAGACUGGACCGUUUUUAUAGAACUGUACAGCUCUGCUGAGUUUCUUUUAUAAUAAAAGACUUUUACCCACAA